AUGACCGAGUCUCAAUUCGAAACUUUCUUCAACCUCGACGACCUCAUUACUCUCCCUGAACUCGACGCUGCUUCGCCUGCUUCUGCCAUCUCCCCCACUUCGACCGUGGAAGACCUCCCUACUCUCAAUGCCUCAACAGCCAAUGGCAAUGAGGACAUUUACCAGUAUUUGAUGCAAUCGAAUCCUACUCCGGCUUCACCGUUUACGCAUAAUGCUCCUGCUCCGUUUUCGCCACCGAGUGUGGGUGGGACGGACAACACACCCCUUGGGUUCGGUAUCGAUCCUGCUGUGAUUAACAGUCCGCCGUUGAAGGUGGAGGACUCUAUCUCUGCUUUACCACCGAUGUUUGGAGCGGCUCCUGUGCCGAUUGUGCAGCCAGCUGUGGUACAACCCGCGAUGACUCUAAGCCCCGCUCCAGCGACCCAGGCACAGAAGAACGCGAAGAAGGCCGUACAGAAGGCGAAUAAGGGAAAGCAGAUUGAGGCGUUGCCUGAGCAUGCGCUUUACCAGUCUUUCCUGAAGUCGCAGGCUGGGAAGGAGGAUAGUGUCGAGAUCGAGGAUGAUGCGGAGGAGAUGGACAACGACGAGAAGUUGUUGCAGAGUGAGGAGGGCAAGAAGCUCUCGAGCAAAGAAAGAAGACAAUUGCGGAACAAAGUCUCUGCACGCAAUUUCCGUGUGAGGAGAAAGGAGUAUAUCUCCCACCUCGAGUCUCUCGUCUCGGAUAAGAAUGCCGAGACGGACUCACUCCGCGCUGAGUUGGAGAGUGUCCGUGCGGAGAAUGCGAGGUUGCAGUCGAUUAUUCAACAAGCAUUCUUCCCCCAACCCAAACCUCAAUACGGAAAUGCAAAGGACCCGAAUCCAGCUCUCUUCCAACUCCCCGGCAAGAGCGACGGUACGGAGUGGCCCUUAGCCUACUCCAACGAAGGCUCAUCCACACCGACUGCAUUCAAGGGCGGCAAUGUCAACGUCUUUGGUGUCCACGUUCCUGAAUUCCAGUUUUCUCCUGAGAUGAUGGACAAGGACUCGGGUCUUCCGGUUGCACCGAGGAUGCCGAGUAAGGCUUCGAUGAUGAGAGAGAGUGAGGAAGGGGAGGAAGAGGACCCGGCGAGGGUUUUGAUGAGGUUGUUGGGUGAGACGGAGGAGGAUUUGGGAUAUGAGGAUCCCAUGGAGAUGAAGUUGAGGAGUAUCGCUCCUGUGGCUUAA